AUGCGUGGCCUCAGGGUGUUCCCUCAGGUGCUCCGCCAGGUGCUCCUUCAGGUGCUCCUUCAAGUGCUCCUUCAGGUAUUUCUUCAGGUGUUCCUUCAGGUUUUCGUUCAGGUGUUCCUUCAGGUGCUCCUUCAAGCGCUCCUUCAGGUAUUCGGUCAGGUAUUCCUUCAAGUGUUCUUUCAGUUGCUCAACCAGGUGCUCCUCCCAGUGCUCCUUCAUUUGUUCCUUCAGGUGACCGUUCAGGUUCCGCCUCGUGCUCUCACGGAUGGCGCCAGGGAUGCUGUCACAAGUGCUGCCAGCGAUGCAUGUGCUGAUUGUUCCACCAUGCAGCAGCAGCAGCAGGGGCAGCAGCAGCAGCAGAGGCAGCAGCAGCAGCAGGGGCAGCAGCAGCAGCAGAGGCAGCAGCAGCAGCAGCAGCAGGGGCAGCAGCACACCAGCAUCACUGUUGCGCGCCACGUGGCGUUCAUGCAGGAGGAGCAAGCGGAGGAGCAAGCGGGGGAGCAAGCACAGGAGCAAGCGGAGGAGGAAGCGGGGGAGGCGGAAGAGGAAGAUUAUCAUCGGGCGUCAAGGCCGAACCUGAGUCACCACCUCCUCUCAACUCCCCACGUUCUAACACUGCCACUCUUGCCACCUCUUUUGCAGAGAGUGCUGCUUUUGCCAGCAAUUCUCGACUUCCUGAGAUGCCUGCUGCAGGCAGCAGCUCACAUGUGCAGCAAUCCACGUGGUCUCCUUCUUUGCGUUGCACGCCGAAACUUGCAGCAACGGACGCUGCAGCAGCAGGCGGUGAAGCAGGCGGUGAAGCAGGCGGUGCAGCAGGAACAGGCGCAGGAGCAGCAGGAGAAGCAGCAGUAG